CGCACGACCCUCCGUCCUCGUCCGUCCCUCGGCUCCACCCGUCAUCUCCGUAAACACCGUAUUGUACACGACCCUUUCACCCCUACGCCGUCGCCGCAUUCAACAAGCUAUUUUUAUCCCCGGCAUACCCGCACGCACACACACUCGACAUACCCAUGUAUAUUGCCUACUAUAACUACUACUACUACUACCACUACUACUAUUAUUAUCAAUAACUACAACGUUCGUUCCAUUGCCGAAUUUUUCGUCUUCUUCGCCCAGCACUGCGGCAACGAAAUGAUCCCGCAGCCGGCUCUCCCCCUUCCGCCGUCCAUGUAACAUCAGCAGCGGCACCGGCACCUUAGGAUUCAGUGGGCCAUCUUCCUUUUGACGUUGUCGUCCUUUUCCCUUCACAAUAGGGUGGGAAAAAAACCGGUGUCGGUUGCCUACCUGUUCAGAAAACAUCCCCUCCGCGACGACGACAAUAGCCAUGGAUACUGCUGACCUAUACACCGACGGCGGUUACAUUCCGAAGGACGCCUACAAGUGAGUACACCACCUACCCCCCGUACUACACCUACAUACGGCACAACGACAACAACAACGUGUUUGCUGCAGCGGUGUGUUGGUGAUACGUUUUACUUUAUUCAAAUAAUAUUGAAGUAGAUUAUUUUUAAUACGUACGUAGGGACACCGUGAUUAUUGAUUAGACCCGUAUAAUAAUAAUUGUAAUAAUUAUAUCGCGCGCGUCACACUUAUCCCUGUAUAUCAUAACAUAACGCCCGCGUAAACUAGUCGUGUGCAAUCCAUCAUGCCGGGUGUUUGCAGUGAUCAGAGUUUUUUCAACACCACCGUCUUACCGUUACUGGGAGCCGGCCGCGAGGGUGACCUGUGCGAGUGGCUCAAGAAGAACGGUCUCAUAGCCAAGGAACAGAAAUGCCUCAACACCGAAUGUCUGGCCUCCGAAAAAAUGCAGUGGCAUCGCGCACGUGUCAUUGAUAAAUUCAAUUGGGUGUGUUUGGACUGUAAGAAAAAAUUACCGGCCAGACACGCGUCGUUCUUUGCUGACUUCAAGUGUGAGUUAGGCUAUGCGCUCAAAGUCAUCAAUGGUAAGUGCGGUAGCAUUGUAUUUGAUACCUAAGUACUUUAGUAGGUUUUACUAUAGUCAUCACACUUUACUCAAUAUUCGACAGGUUGGUGUAAGAACUUGCCGCUCAGUGAUGUCGGUGGUGAAGGCAGGACCAAAGUCAACGUUGCCAAACGUAUUUACACUGCAUGCGCUCAAGUAGCCGAGUGGCAAUUGAAAAAGAUUGUUGGCGACUUCAAACUGGGUGGCACCGAAAUCGUUGUCAUUGUAGACGUGUUUCCGGAAGGCAAUAUGAGUUUAGAAGUACCAGCCACAUCUCAUAAUAACAAUUUUUCCAAACGUGUACUCUGUAUGGCUGACACUGGGCACGUUCCUGUCCGUGUAUGGGCUAGUCUUUUAGAAGGAUCCAAUAAGGUAUAAAACUAUCAAUAAUAUAAUACCUAUAAUAAUUUUAAAACUUUGCUUUUAUUAAUUCUCUUAUGGUUUUUAAUUCAGGAAAAUCAUAAAAUUGUAGAAAUGGUCAAAAAUCGUGUAAUACCUGGUUCUACUAUUGUGACAAAUGAUUUAUUAUUCCCAUUAUUGCAUAGUUUACCAGGAUUAGGAGAUGUCAUUAGCACAGAAGCAUUAAUGAACUUAGACAGCAACAAUGAUCAAAAGUCUUUGAAAAAUUUGCGUUAGUUUCUAUUUGAGAUUCAAGUAAUUCAAGUUAUCAAAUCAAAGUAAUAUAUUAUAUUUUUAUCAUAUUUAGAAACUAUUUGGGCCGAUACUGUAGAAGCAUGCAUUCAGUUGCAAGACAUGUCUACAACAAAUGCCGAACAGCAUCUUUAUGAACUGCAAUGGAGACAGAUGUUCAAACCUACUGCAUUUCAAUCCAUUAUAAAACAAAUCGUUGAAUACACGUCUUACCAUAACCCACUGUAUGCACCAUUGCCGAGCAUUUGGCCUUCAAAUUAAAAAAUUGACAAGUACAAAUAUUAGUUUAUUACUAAAUUGACGAGUAUCCUCAAUUUAUUUUUAAACUAUCUGAAUUGGGUUUUAUUUAAAUAAUUUUUCUUUAACAAAAACAUAAUACCAGAAUAAUUAUUGAUAAAGACUGGUAUGUGGCGGAAAUUUUUUUUUUUAAUAUUUGUUACUUUUAAAUGAUAAUUUGUUGCCAUUAUCUCAUAAGUAAAACUUAACAGUUAUAAUAAUAAUAAGCAAUAUUAAAUUAAUGAUUUUUAAAAGAUACAGGGUAAUUUAUCAGCUACAACCAAAACAAAACUCAGGGUCUUUUUUAGUAUAACUUUAUUUUUUUGUCAUAAGCGCAUUUGUGAUUUUUUACCAAUAUUUAAGAAUUGUUAUUGGAAACCAGGGUUAAAUAUUUUUAACAAACGUGGAUUUAAUACCUAUGGUAGAUAGUUACUCCAUUUUUAAAUGCUUUUUAUAUUUUACAUCACAUUAUUUGUACAAAAAAAAAAAAUAGUUAAGUUAAAUAUAGGUAUUUAGUUUAUACGAUUACUUAAAAUUAUAUAAAAUAAAUUAAAUCUUCAUAUUUGCAAAAAGUCAUAAAUAUAUUUUAUAUUCAAUACUAUUUUAUUGAAUAUAAUAUUAUAUUAUGUAAUGCACAAAUUAUUCAGUGUUAAAUUUAAUUUUAAUUUACUUUUUUUUUUAUUUUUACUGUUUAUUAAUGUACAAUUUUUAUUAUUUAGCCAAAAGUAAAAUGAUUAGUUAAGCAUUUAAGUUCAUUAAUACUAUUAUAAAUUAAGAUGAAACAGUUUAUUUUUUAAAAUUUAAAUAUUGUUAAAAAAAAAAGAAUAAAUUCCAUAUUUAUUUUUUAGAGAAUUUAACAAAAAUAGUCAUCUAUUUUAUGUUUUAACAUUUUAUACGUCCAUAAAUUGUUCAAUUAUUUUAUAUAUCAAAUGAUUUAUCAUUAAUUGUCUUAAAAAAUUUUAAUAUAUAUUCCAUAACUAUUUUUAUACUUAUUGACGGCAAUUAUAGAAUUUAUUAUUAUACUUGCCUUUUUACCAUUAAUGUGAUACGAUUUUAAGCUCAAAUCGUUCAAACUGUUUAAUUUCUAUACAAAUUUGUUAUUUUAUUUAAAAAAAAAAAGCAAUAAUAAUAAUAUAACACUAUAUACUGCUCAACAAUAUGAAAUUAUAUUAUUAUAUUUUUAAUAAUUUUUAAUCGGUUAGUUAGUUUCUUUAUAUAUUUUCAAAUUGAGUUUAUGUAAAGCAAAUUUUUACUAAUACUUAAGUUUUUAUUGUUUUAUUAUUAAUAUUAUUUUAUUAUCAUAUUGCUGUUGUGUUUACUGUUUUUUUUUCAAUAUUAUAGACAGCCUAUACCAAAGGUUUUAAUUUUAUCAUUUGUAAUUAUUUCUCAUAAUUUUAAAUUUUUAACGUCCUAAAAUGUAGUAAAGAAAAGACUACUCAAUUUGUUUCAGUUAAAAUUAUUAACCAGUUAAAAAUAUAGUUAUUUUUUUUUUUUUUUACAAUAACUCAAAAACAAAAAUACUGUUGAAGUUUUUUUUUUAUUAUAAUAUUGUAGUUAGUUCCUAAAAUUUGAAAUGAGGUUGUUUAUUUUAAUAAUUGUAAUAUUAAUUUUUUCCUGCCUUUUUUUUUUAUCAUUAACUUUAAUAAGUAUGAUUAUUUUGACAAUUUUAUUGAAUAAUAAUUAUUAUCUAAAUAAUAAUGUUGGACAUUUUUAAAUAAAUAAUUAUGUUAGCUGAUAUAGUAUUAAGUAUUUUGUUUUUUUUUUUUUACUAUAUUAAUUAAACUAAUAUUAGUACAAUUGGUAAAUGUGAAAUUGACUGUCUUCCACUGACCAGUUGCCUUAUAUUAUACAUAUUUACAAAUGUUUUAAAAUUUGCAAUCAAAUUGUGACAAUCAUUCAUAAAUUAGUUAAAUAAAAAUUAUGUUUCACAAGUAUUAAAUACUGGUUUUACUUUUUCUAUAAUAUUUUUGUAUGGUGUUACUACACCAUAAAAAUUAAAUUAUAAUUAAUAUAUUAUCAUGUGCUUCUUCACUUAGUGAAUUGUUUGUUUCCGAAUUAUCUAAUAAAGAAUUCAACAUCAAUAUUUUUUUCUUUUGUCGAUUAACUUGUUGGGUUAAUGUUUUAAUUUUUCGUCUUUGUUGUACCAUUUUCAACUUUGCCAUCUUAAAAUAUAUUUUUGCUUGUUCAGGUGUGCUCAAAUCAGAUGUAGUGAUGUCACCUAUAAAACAUUUUCUUUUUCUACGUUUUGAUGUUUCUGAAAAAAAAAAAAACAUACUAUAAA